AUGUAUCUAGUUGCGGAUGCCUCUGACAGCUUGUUAGUUCGUACAACGAGAGCGCGCAUCAUUCGGCUACGAAAUGAUUACAAGGACCUUAUGAAAACCAUUGAGAACCAUCUCCACAACCACUUUGCGAACCUAGACGAUGACGCUGCCCCCCAGGCACCAAUAUCCAACGGCCACAUCGGGCUACCAGACGCCGAGGAUGAUGCUCCCGACCCGGUCUUUGCUAGAGUCAAUACCGUGGCUGCUGGCAGCCCCGCUGAGACUGCUGGUCUGAAGCCAAGCGAUGAGAUUCGCAACUUUGGCUACGUCAACUGGUCUAAUCAUGAUGGACUCAAGAGGCUGGGCGAGUGCGUUCAGGGUAACGAGGGACCCAACGGCAAGAGCUUCGCCUGA